AAUGAUUAUCACAGGUUGUGUAUUUGAGGAAGCUCCUCAGUGCUCUAUUUAAGAUAUUUUGACAGCUGCAAGAGCUCAUUGAAGCACAGCCACCAUGAACAAGCUAAUAUUAAUUGGAGGUCUCUUUCUCUGCUUUGGAAGUUUGGUUUCAUCCACCAAACUGGUGUGUUAUCACACCAACUGGUCCCAAAAUAGACCUGGCAAUGGGAAGUUUAUGCCUUCAAAUAUUGAUCCCCACCUGUGCACCCACCUGAUCUAUUCCUUUGCUGAUAUUAACGAGGUGAAUGAGUUGGUAAGCACAGACAGGAAUGAUGAGCAACUCUAUAAAUCUUUCAAUGGACUCAAACAGAGGAAUCCAAAUCUCAAAACACUGUUGGCAGUCGGAGGCUGGGUUAUGGGAAGUCUCAGAUUCGCUAGUAUGGUAUCGUCACCAGCCAACAGGAGUACAUUUAUUCAAUCUUCUAUUGAAUUCCUGAGAAAACAUGAUUUUGAUGGACUUGAUCUGGACUGGGAAUAUCCUGCUGCAAGAGGAAGUCCUCCAGAGGACAAGCAGAGAUUCACCAUGUUAUGCAAGGAACUCCUAGAGGGGUAUGAGGCUGAGGGAAAAGCAUCUGGCCGUCCCAGAUUAAUGGUUACUGCUGCUGUGCCUGCUGGGAAAGACAUUAUUGAUGCUGGUUAUGAAAUCGCAGAGAUCGCAAAGUACCUGGAUUUUAUUAACGUGAUGACAUAUGACCUUCAUGGCAUCCCGGAGAAGGUCACACGACAUCACAGCCCCUUAUACAACGGAUCCCAAGACACUGGAGACAAGGUUUACUUAAAUACUGACUUUGCCAUGAGGUAUUGGCGGGACAAGGGAACACCUGUAGAAAAGCUAAAUAUGGGUUUUGCAGCAUAUGGGCGAACAUGUCAACUGUCUACUGAGUCCAGUGGAGUUGGAGCACCAAUGAGUGGUCCCGCUGCUGCUGGUGCUUUUACAAGGGAGGCUGGUUUCUGGUCCUAUUAUGAGAUUUGUGGUUUCCUCAAAGGCGCCAGUGCUCACCGGAUUGAGGAUCAGAAAGUGCCAUAUGCUGUCAAGCAAAAUGAGUGGGUUGGAUAUGAUGACAAAACCAGUUAUGAGACUAAGGCUCAGUACCUAAAAGACAAUGGAUUUGGAGGGGCCUUUGUCUGGGCUCUGGAUCUUGAUGACUUUAACGGACAGUUCUGUGGAGAAGGACCCUAUCCUCUCAUCAGCUAUCUCCGUACUCUAGUGGCUCCAGAUAACUUCUGUGCUACAAAGGCUGAUGGGCUUUAUGCCAAACCUGAUGCACCAGGUUCUUUUUACAAUUGUGCCAACGGCGUCACCUGGGUCCAACACUGCCCAUCUACUUUAGUCUUUCGAGAAAGCUGCAAAUGUUGUGUGUAGGUAACUACUGUGUGUUUCACAAGCUUCAAUAGCUGUUGGUACUGUGUGUGUUUGUGUGUUCAGUUCAUUCAAGAAUGUAGUGGUACUGCAGAAAAGGCAGAUUGAACUACUGUUUUUCUAAAAGCAGCAAAUUAAAAUAUAAAUCCUGCAUUAAACAUAUAAUGAUAAUCAUUACAGAA